UGACGUCACACCUGACCGGACACACCUGUAUGUUCAGAUCUCCGGGACUGUCCUCCAUUUUGUGUUGACGUGUAAGCUACAGUACAGCCUACCAGUUAAACAUGGAUAAGAUCAUCAACAUCACGCCUCAGUUAGAGUCGAUCUGGGAGAGACGGUUUAAGACCAAGACGCCGCACAAGUGCGCCCUGGUCCUCGCCCGGGGAGGGAGUAAAGGCAUCCCGAUGAAGAAUAUCAAAAUGCUCGGUGGAACGCCGCUGAUCGGCUGGGUGUUGCGAGCUGCCGUCUAUGCAGAGGUCUUCGACAGCAUCUGGGUGUCCACCGACAACGAGAGGAUCGCCAAUGUUGCAAGGGAUUAUGGGGCGCAGGUGCACUACCGUAGUGAGGAGGUGUCUAAGGACACCACCAGCUCCUGGGAAACGGUCGGAGAGUUUCUGCAACAUCACCCGGAGGUUGACAUCAUUGCCAACAUCCAGGCGACCUCGCCCUGUGUCCACCCCUUCCACAUCCAGGAGGGAAUGCGCAUGCUCCUGGAGGACAGUUACGACUCCGUCUUCACCAUCUCUAAGAAACACGGCUUCAUCUGGAAGGAGCCUCCACAGAAGGAUAUGCAGCCAAUCAACAUUAACCUUGACCUGAUGAACCGCCCUCGUCGCCAAGACUACGACCCUGAACCUGUGGAGAACGGCGCGUACUACAUGUACACCCGCGAUAUCCACGCGCAGGGCAAAACUCAGGGCGGUAGAAUAGCGUGGUUGGAGAUGGGAGGGGAGUACAGUGUUGACAUCUACACUGAUCUGGACUGGGACAUUGCAGAGGAACGUCUUCUGCGGUUUGGCUACCACGGCAAACAUCCAAAGAUCGUGAAGCUGGUGGUGAUCGCGGCGGAAGGCGUGCUGUUAGACAACCACGUGGAGAUCAACGUGCGCGGAGAGGAGCUCAUGUCCUACCAUCUUAGUGACGUCAACGCCAUCAAACACAUGCAGAACAAUCUGGUGGAGGUCCGCAUUAUCGCGGAAGGUGAGAACGUCGUACAGAGGCGUCUGGCUGCCUCCCUGGGCUGUAAGAUACAUGAGAACACCAAGAACAAGCUGGAGGUGUUGGACCAAUGGAGGGAGGAGCUGGGGCUGACAUGGAGGAAUGUGGGAUAUAUGGGGAGUGAGAACACGGACACCCAGUCGGUGAAGGCGGCGGGCAUGAGCGCCUGUCCUGCCGACGCGCACGAUGACGUGCAGCUGGUCUCUCACUUCAUCUCCAAGUACAAGGGCGGCCAGGGCGGGCUCAGGGAGUUCAGCGAGCAGGUCCUGAAAGUAAACAAGAUGAGCACCUACAAGGACAGGGUGGACAAGACCACAGUCUACGCCAAGUAGAGGAACAACGUCAAACCUCUGUUGCCUUCAUCUGUCUUGUUUGUUUGUUUCACUGCUUUUGCCUUGAUGAUCAGUGAUUCUCAGACAUCGUCUUAGUACUUAGUAUUUGCAGUCAGAAACUCAGUCGAGUUGCUUUAGACACUGGUAGUCCCCCGGACACAGAUGUAUCAACACAAUGUAAGAUUAAAUUUGCGAUUGGUAGUUGAGCUUUGCUGUAUCUAGACGUAGAAACGCACAUAGCACAAAUCUAGGGUACUAUAUUCACAUAUCUGUCAAGAUGGGUUCUAUCGGUUUUGGUAAUGAUAUUGUUGCAAUCUGAUGAAAGCAAUAUAUUUAAAAACUUGUCAUAACAUUGACAGAAACAGCAAACGAAAUAGAGAACGUUGUAGAUUUUGGGGAUUUAAAAAGUAUUGGUGACAUGAGUUAGAAACAUUAACCAGAAGAUAAUUGUCGUUAAAUGUGUACUACUUAAAAGAAUGAUACUUAAAUAAAUAUAACCGCAAUGUGGUUGAUACAAUAUACAAAAGUGCAUGGUGAUUUGAUUGAACGAGUGGUUGAAUACACUUACUUUUCAAACGUUAA